GGGGCAUUUCCUGAAAGGGGCAGCGAGAGGCGGGAUAUAGCGCCCCCGGGGCAGCCCGGCGACGAUGGCCGCCCUCCCGGCCCUGACCCAGACCAUGACCAUCGACCAGCCGAGGCCACCGCCGCCGGCGUUCCAAGGCAGCGGCCGCAACCAGGGCAUCGAGCGGGACCGCCUCCUGAAGCCCGAGGACGUGCCCCACGACCUCAUGUGUUCUAUUUGUCUGGGCGUCGUCGCCGACCAAUCCUCAGAAACGCCCUGCGGCCAUUUAUUUUGCACGGAGUGCAUCCGGAGCUCACUACGAAGGAACCCGCAGUGCCCGCUCGACAAGAAACCGUUGCAGGUGGGCCAGCUGCGAUCGAUCAGAGAGCACAACCUGCCCAUCCGACGCAUCUGGGGCGGCAUCAAGGUGAAGUGUCGCUUCGCGGAGCACGGCGAAUGCCCUUGGACGGGAGCGCUCUGUGAUGCUUCUGCCCAUGAAGCUAGGUGUAAUGCCCGACACGGCAACCCCAAGGAUUUGAGAAUAAGGGAACUCGAAAAUGUUUUACGGAAGAACGAAAACUCGUUGCGCGAAGCGGAAGAGCUCAACCAGCACAAGUCAAAACGGAUCCAGCAGUUCGAGGAGGAGCAACGGCGAAGGGAGCACGACUUCGACUUUGAGUUGCAGCGACGGGACGCCGAGGCGCGCCAGAAGAUUUCAGAGGUGGAACAGCAAGCUCAGUCGGAAGCCAAUCGGGCGAACAAAGCCGAGCAAAGAGCCCUGCAGGCGGAGGCCGAUGCUGGUAGAAGUAGGGAAGCCAUCCAGCAGAUGCAGAAGGAGCAUAGCGAGGUGGUCCAAGAUAGAGAAAGACGCUUAGAAAGUGCAGCGAGGCACGCGGGCGACGCGGAACGACGGGCGGAAGCGGCCGCGGUCGAGAUCCGGAAGGUGCGGGACGAGGGGAACAAGCGAUCGAGGGAGCUCGAAAGCGCGGCGGAGAACAACGCGCGGGCGGCUGCUGCCAAUGAACAGAGAGCCAGAGCCGCGGAAUACGAGCUGGAGCGAGUCGCGCGCCACCGCCAGGAGUUCGAAGCGUCGUACCGAGCCCAGGCCGAAGAUCUGCAACGUGAAAGAAAUGCGGCGACGAUGGAGCGCGACCGAGCUGUGAGAGAUCAAAGACAACAAGAACAGGCCGCCUACGCCGCUAGAGGGCAAUUAGCUGAUGUCGAGGAGCGCUUAGGUGCUUCGGAAUCCUCGAGAAGGGACUUGGGCCUGCGCCUGGACGCUUGUCAGAGGGAGUUGUAUCAAGCUAGAGAGGCCGCGAAGCGAGCAGAAGAACAAUUGCAUGGCGCCGAGCGCCACUUCCACAAGCAGUUAGCUGGUGCCAGGGCGCGGAACGUGACGCCGCCGAACGGCGCGCGGACCGAUAGCGAGUUCGACGGGCGCUACAAUUAUGAUAGGUACAACGUCGUGCGCCUGUCGCAGCUCAUCACGCGGUCGCUCGAGAACCGCCCGACGGAGGUCUCUCCCAACCGCAUCUUCACGUGCGUCGCCUCGUGCUACGACGACUUCAAGCGGGGCUGGACGGACAACCCGCAGAACUACGCGAUCGACGUGCGCAUGCUCCUCACCGUCGCGUCGGCGUCGACGUGGUUCAACGACCAGCAGAACCGCCUGAUCGACGGGUGGCUGCGCGAGCAGGGCUGGCUCGGGCACAACCACCGGCUGGCGCAGCAGCCGCCGUCGCAACUGCCCCCGGCCCAGUUCGGGGCGGCCUACCCGCCCCCGCUCGUCCGGUGAGCUAUCCCUGUUACCCGCCGUGUAAAUAGAAGAAGAAUCGAA